UUGUCGUGUUCUUCAUGAGUAGACCAUAAUUGAUAAUCCUAAUCUGUUUCGGUGAAACAAUUCCACUUGGACAAACCAGACAAACACUACCAUGUUGCUAUAUUACGAUUCGGUGAAUCAUGGAGAACCCAAUCGACGGUGGCGAGUUCGUGUACCUUUCCGGGUUCGGCAACCACUUCUCCUCCGAGGCCCUCGCCGGAGCUCUGCCGGUGGCGCAGAACAGCCCCCUCGUCUGCCCGUACGGCCUCUACGCCGAGCAAAUCUCUGGCACCUCCUUCACCUCCCCUCGCAACCGCAACCUCUUCAGUUGGUUUUAUCGGAUCAAGCCAUCGGUGACUCACGAACCGUUCAAGCCUAGGGUACCUGGUAAUGGCAGAAUUUUGAGUGAGUUUAACAACUCCAACAGUUCUGCUAACCCAACUCAGCUUAGAUGGAAGCCCUUGGAUGCGCCCGAUUCGCCAACAGAUUUCAUUGAUGGGUUGUCCACUGUGUGUGGUUCUGGCAGCUCCUUCAUGCGCCACGGAUAUGCUAUUCACAUGUACACUGCCAACAAAUCAAUGGACAAUUGUGCCUUUUGCAAUGCUGAUGGUGACUUCUUGAUAGUUCCCCAACAAGGAAGACUCCUUGUCACUACUGAAUGUGGAAGGUUGAAAGUUUCUCCAGGUGAAAUUGCUAUAUUACCUCAAGGCUUUCGUUUUUCUGUGAAUCUUCCUGAUGGUCCAUCCCGUGGUUAUGUUGCUGAAAUUUUUGGUACUCAUUUUCAACUUCCUGAUCUGGGACCAAUAGGUGCUAAUGGCCUUGCUUCCCCUAGGGAUUUCCUUGUUCCCACUGCUUGGUUUGAAGAUAAAUCUUAUCCUGGGUACACCAUAGUGCAGAAAUUUGGUGGUGAGCUCUUUGAUGCAGUACAAGAUUUCUCUCCUUUCAAUGUUGUUGCUUGGCAUGGUAAUUAUGUUCCAUAUAUGUAUGAUUUAAACAAAUUCUGCCCUUAUAAUACAGUUCUGUUUGAUCAUAGUGAUCCAUCAAUCAAUACUGUGUUGACAGCACCAACUGAUAAACCUGGAGUGGCAUUGCUUGAUUUUGUCAUUUUCCCACCCAGAUGGCUGGUUGCUGAGCAUACUUUCCGGCCUCCAUAUUAUCAUCGCAAUUGCAUGAGUGAAUUUAUGGGCCUCAUUCAUGGUGGUUAUGAGGCCAAGGCUGAUGGAUUUCUUCCCGGUGGUGCAAGUCUCCAUAGUUGUAUGACUCCCCAUGGUCCUGAUACCAAGUCAUAUGAGGCUACCAUUGCACGAGGAAAUGAUGUAGGACCUUGCAAGAUCACUGACACAAUGGCUUUUAUGUUUGAAUCGAGUUUGAUACCCCGUAUCAGUCAAUGGGCCUCAGAAUCACCGUUCUUGGACCAAGAUUAUUACCAGUGUUGGAUUGGCCUGAAAUCUCAUUUUGCAGUUACUAAGACGUCUCCUGAAAACCCAAGCUUGGGAAAUGGAGAUUGAGGAGUGAAAUGGGUGUUGCGACACAGGCAGUUAGACCACCAAAAGAUUGGGUUUCUUUGUACAUAAAAAUAAAUGUAAUUACAAAAAUAUAAUUUAGGUGUGUCAAAAGUGAACUCAACCCAAUUGGUGGGAAUCAAAUGGUUUCAGGCAAGUUUUAUGUACAGUGCAAGGGACUGGAAUCUUUAAGAUCUGUCCUAAAGAGGGUCUGUGUUAAUCACAAUCUAUAAGUUAGGUUGUUUUU